UCGAAAACGAAACCGUCGGCGACAAGGAGAACAGGGGCGUCGAGCAGCAGUCGCCGAUCGUCGGUCUAUCAGAGAUCGAGGUCGAGGAGGCGUUAGUUGACAGCCAGAGAGAUUCAUCCGGCUUGGGACAGGAUUACCCUGGCAGCUGCGAGAUUAUCCGCCAGGCCUUCAUAGCCAAAGGUACACCGACAUCGGCAAUGGAGGUAACACUUGCGUCCAUCACGCAAGCCACGAAGACUCAAUACUCCAGGCCGAUUAAACUUUGGUGGCUUUAUUGCAAGCAAAAUCAAAUUGACUGCUUCUGUCCAUCGCCUUCGGCAGUCCUAGAAUUCUUAUCAAUAUCAGUUGCCAGUAGUCGAUCCUACUCCAGCCUAAAUACGGUUCGUUCGGCCGUUUCCUUAAUUUCGGUGAACGAGGUAGGUUCUCACCCGCUUGUAAGGAGAUUCUUCAAGGGGAUUGCGGCACUAAAGCCGCAACGUCCACGCUACGACUUUAUCUGGGAUACGGCCCCGGUAGUUACCCGCUUGGCCUCUCUAUAUCCCCACGACAAUCUCUCACUGGAAUUACUCUCAAGAAAGCUUGCAACCUUGCUCGCACUCACAACUGCUCAAAGGUUGCAGACAUUGGCAGCAAUACAAACUUCGAAUAUCUCCUUUGCGGAUUCUUUGGUUAUUAAGAUCCCAGCAAGGAUCAAAACUUCCGGAGUCGGAAAAUAUCAACCCUUGCUUGUUUUUAAACCCUUUCUGGACAAACCGGAGCUAUGCCUUUUUUCCAUAGUUAAAUCUUAUCUGGACCGCACGCAGAGUCUCAGACGGGGAGAAGUAGAUUCUCUUUUUAUCUCUACUCGUCCACCGCAUAAACCAGUCACUUCUCAGUCCCUGGGUCGGUGGAUUAAGACCGAACUAGCAGCUGCGGGCAUAGAUACUUCCAUUUUCUCGGCCUACUCAACUCGCCAUGCUUCGACUUCUCGAGCGGCCAGCAAAGGCAUUAGCUUACAGGAAAUCCGUAGGACUGCUGGCUGGAGCAGUUCCUCCGAAGUCUUUGCGCGCUUCUAUAAGCGCCCGAUAAUUAGCGAACCGGCUUUUCAAGCAUCUAUUCUUAAUCCUACAUAAGAAUUUUUAUUAAAAAUAUUGUAAGCCUAAAGAAGUUCAAGUUAUAACACACUCUUUCUAUAUCAUUAAACCUUAACUAGACAAA